CAGUUGGCGCCUAAUGAGUAAAUGUAGUUUUAGCGAGUUUUAGAGAGGAUAUCUGUGUUAGCGUCGCGUUAAUUGAGAAAAACUGACUUAUUUAUUAUUAUGAAGCUGCUGUUGGAGACCAGGCAUCUCUAUAAUCUUUCUCAUCUAAUUUAAGGUUGACUGAGACCCACGCCGACCUUCGGAAAUGAGCACUUCGGUAGCAUGCAAGGCUCUACAUGUCGCUCCUCCUGUGGGGCAGUUUAUAUCUGAUCCGGUCGGCGUCCUCGUCGCUCAGAAUGGCAGCGGUCCAGGAGCGGUCGACAGCGCUGAGUUUGACCUGAUGGAGAUGACGGAUGUGGAGUACACGCACCUUCAGCACAUCAUUCAGACCCACAUGGACACGCCGGCUGCUGAUCAGGACGAGUCGGUGCAGAUCCAGCCGUGCAAAAAGAGGAUGUACAACCUAUCCGCUGACACUGCGGAGGUCAAUCUUUCUAACCAUCAAACAGACUGUUCACCUCCCUCACCACCUGCCUCAGCCUCCUGCCCCCCCAACACCUCAUCCACCUUACCUACAGCUGAGCACUUCACCUUCCCCGACUCUAAUCAUCACAAACCAGAGGCUCUUCAGGAAAUUCAGCUGGUUUUGUGCAGCAACGACGAUGGGGAGAAGACUCCAAACACCUGUGUGGAGGUGCCCAACUCUGUGCUAGCAAAGGCAAAAUAUGCCAAGAACCACAGUGAGAACCCGACUGAUCACAGAGCGUUACCUCCGCUACAGCUCAGACCCAACCCACCUGCUCGGGUCUGCUUAGAGAAGAGGUUCACCUGCAGCCAUUCAACAGACAAACCCAGGAAGCAGGAGGCUCCGGCAGCAGUUAUUAAUACGUUUUUGUCGAUACUUCAUCAUUCUACGGACACGCACGGCAUAGCGCUGCUCUCACAGUUCAAAAACGAUCCCAAAGCAGAGACAGCGGCUGCAGUGGAGUGUGCUCAUACAUACGGAGGGAACUUCUUAAACUCCAAUGUUCAGGGUCUUGGUUCCUUACUGGAGGGCAGCAAACAACCCGAGGUGAUCCUUCCGCAAAACUUCUCCUUAAGUUUCCGACCAGACAAUGCAGCUGAACUCUUGUUAAAGACUCCAUACAUUAUCACUGCUGAAUCUGGAGAGCAAGACACCGUAAACCAGGAAAAUGUGUCAGAGGGGAAACCUCCAGUAAAGCGUGCUGGGAAACAUGGACUCAGAGCUUUGCAGGAACAGGCCCCUAACAUUCUCCACAGUCCAGGAAACUGGAAGGUAGACGGCAAGCGUAGCAGAAGGACAGGACAUCCUGUAGAGUUCUCACAGCGCAGAGAGAAACACAACAGCAAGGAAAGAGACCGCAGGAGGAGGAUCCGCCUCUGCUGUGAUGAGCUGAAUCUGUUGGUGCCGUUCUGCAGUCCUGAAACUGAUAAAGCCUCCACGCUCCAGUGGACCACGGCCUUCAUCAAGUACAUCAGAGAGGUCAACGGAGACGCCCUCAGACAGGAAUUCGAGAGCACCUUCUGCGGUAAAACUGGAAUUCGGCUGAAGCCCAGCAGCGCUGCAGCGGUCCAGGAGAUCACAGAGAAUAGAAUUUAAUCUGACCUGAGUAUCUGGCAACCCGAAGAGUGAUACAGUUUUCUCAGAUGAAGAGAUGAAGAAGAUGAAGUCUCAGCGUGAAGUCUCUCAGCUCUCUCGCUCCUCCUGUUCAUCCCAGCGUUUGCGUCGUGUUUAACAUGUUCUCCUGAUGUUCCUUCGUCUUUUGAUUUCUCACAUCCACUGAUAUAUUUCUCUUUAUUCGGACCCCUGAACGUUCUAAACGGGGAUUUCUGUGCUUCAUCUCUCUCUUUCCCCUCGGCUCCUGCUGCUGCUGCUGGUUGUGUUCUCUCGUUGGGGGCGGUGGGGGCUGUUUGAGGAGGAUGAAGGCUCUGGUGUUUAAUGGUUUUUGGGGUUGGAGGAUUUCCCGUGGGCCGCUGCUCCCUGGCAGGCCGUCGUGUCGCAGAUUCCCGGUGGUCCCUGGUGUCCCGUCCUGCCCGGGCGCCCGGACUCUCCCGGCUCACCUGCGUCUCCAGGUGCGCCGUCGCGCCCGUCUUUAACGAUGCCGUGCACUCCCUGUAGACCUGCGGGAGGAAGAGCGAGCGGUAUUUUACUCACGGGAACACCAGGCUUUCCAGCGACACCAGGCAGACCUGGUUCUCCUUGGAAUCCCAUCAGACCAGGCUUUCCAGGAAGACCUCUAGCUCCGGUUUCUCCCUGUGGUCCCACAAUUCCUUUAGGUCCCAGCUCACCACGCUUUCCAGACUGUGAACAGUAAUGCAGGGGGGUUAUUUUUAAGUUUAAGAGUUUAACAAAUCACACAGGUAAACCCUGCGUAGUGCACAGGUCUAAAACUGUAAAUAAAAUUGGCAAACAACAGCAGAUAAAUAAGAAUAAACCCACAAAUGAUUGUCAUUAAAUUAAAAAUAAUAUCAGAAUGAGUCACAUUAAAAUAAUGGUCUGUUGUUGGAUUUGUAUUGGAAAUGCAUUGUGGAAAAUGUAGUGGAUGUGGAGUGUUGCUAAGGCUGCAGUAACUGUAGUCUUGUUUGUCCCCCUUCUCUCGUCUCUUUUGCUCUUGCUGCAGCUUGCAGAGAGUCUCGUACACUUGUGUUUGAUUCAUUCUUUAUUCCAUAUCUCUCACUGUUCUCACCUUUGGAUUAAAAACGACUGAAAAUAAACAAGAUUUUGUUCGA